AUGGCUAAUACUUCGUAUCGUCUUCGUUGUCAAUUAUAUGGACAUGAAGCAGAUGUACGUUCUGUUUCAACAAUAACUGAAUAUGAUGGUAUUGUUAGUGGAUCAAGAGAUAAAACAGCAAGAAUUUGGCGUCCAUCCGAUAAAACUUCAUAUGAACAACGUGUAGUAUUGAAAAAUCAUACAAAUUUUGUUAUUGCAACAUGUUAUGUUCCACCUAGUAAUGAAUUUAAUGAUGGUCUUAUUAUAACAGGAGGCAAUGAUAAAAAAAUUUGUGUUUAUUCAGCUAAACAAGGAACAUAUUUAUUUACAUUAGAAGGACAUGAACAAACUGUUUCAAGUCUUUCUUAUGUACCACAAAGUGAUCUAUUAUUAAGUGGAUCAUGGGAUCACACUGGACGUGUUUGGUCUUUAUCUCGUAAACAAUGUAUUCAAAUUCUUAGAGGUCAUAGUAAAGCAGUAUGGACAAUUAUUUCUAUGGGUGAUGUUACAAAUAAUUCAAAUAUUAUUUUAACUGGUGCUGCUGAUAAUAUUAUUAUAGGUUGGAAAAAUGAUACUCAAUUUCAAACAUAUGAAGGUCAUACAAGUUGUGUACGAUCAUUAGCAGCAUUAAAUUCAAAAGAAUUUUUAUCAUGUUCAAAUGAUUAUACAAUUAAACGAUGGAAUCUUAAUUCUACACAAUGUUUACAAACAUAUGAAGGUCAUACAAAUUUUGUUUAUAGUAUAUCAAUAAUAUCUUCGGAAAGAUUUGCAUCUGUAAGUGAAGAUCGUUCAUUACGUUUAUGGUCAAUUAAUACAAGUGAAACAAAACAAACAAUUCGAUUACCAUCAGGAACAGUUUGGAGUGUUUGUUCAUUAACAAAUCAUGAUGUAGUUGUUGGAUGCAGUGAUGGACGUAUAGUUAUAUUUACUCAAGAUCCAUCACGUACAACGACAAAUGAAGAAAUUUCAGCAUAUGAACAAGAAUUAGCUUCAACAACUAUUCAAACAAAAACGGGUGAUUUAGGAGAAGUUAAAAUAGAUGAUUUACCAAAUGAAGAUGCAUUAAAAAAACCUGGUAUACGUGAAGGUCAAACAACAAUGAUAAAUAAAGGUAAUGGACAUGUUGAAGCAUAUCAAUGGAAUAUGCUUGAUCAACGUUGGAUGAAAAUUGGUGAUGUUGUUGGUUCAGCUGAUAGUACAGCACAAGGGCAAGCAUCAGCAACAGGUGAAAAAGUAAUGUUCGAAGGACAAUAUUAUGAUUAUGUAUUUAAUGUUGAACUUGAUGAUAAUGUACCACUUAAACUUCCAUAUAAUAUAUCAGAUGAUCCAUGGUAUGCUGCACAAGCAUUUAUUCAUCGAAAUGAAUUAAAUCAAAUGUUUCUUGAUCAAAUAGCACAAUUUAUUAUAACAAAUACAAAAGGAAUGGUUAUUGAUCAACGUGCAUCAGAUUUUCUGGAUCCAUUUACUGGUAAUGGACGUUAUGUUCCUGGUAGUAUAUCAAAUAUGGAUACAACACGAGAACAAACUAAUGAUGAUCCAUUUAUAGGUUCUGGACGUUAUGUACCUAAUACAAAUCGAAGAGAAAUAAAUUCAAAUGAAGAUCCAUUUACAGGUACUGGAAGAUAUAUUCCAAAUGAUAGUAAUGAUCAAUCAACACGACCAUUAUCUGCUUCACAAUCAUCUGUUAUAAAAACAGAUAAAGAUAUAGAACUUACAAUAACAUUUCCUCAAACUCAUUAUAUUACAAUGACAAAUGCAGAUAUAAUGAAAAUUCUUGGUAAACUUAAAGAUUUUAAUGAUAAUAUAACUGGUGAUGGUAUUCGUUUACUUGAUAAUCAAAUACAACAAAUAAAUGAAUUAGUUAAUGGAAAUACAAAUAAUCUUGAAACAAAAAUAAAUAUUUUAUUUCAAUUACUUAAAUGGCCUGUUGAUAAAAUUUUUCCCAUAUUAGAUAUAAUUCGUUUAAUUAUUCUUAAUUCAAAUGUUUGCAAAUAUUUUUUUGAAAAUGAUAUUAAAUCAAAUGAAUUUAUUUCUCAACUUUUUACAUAUAUUCAACCAGAACAAUCAAUUAAUACAAUGUUUAUAUUUCGUACAUUAACAAAUUUAUUUUCAAAUGAUUUAGGUGAAAAAUAUAUGAUUAAAAAUUAUAAUACAAUUUUACCUAAAAUUCUUAUUUGUUUACCAUUAACAAAAAGAAAUACACAAAUAGCAUUAAUAAAUAUUAUUUUAAAUUAUUGUAUUUAUUCUUAUCGUAGUAAUGAUCAACGUCUUUCGAAUUAUUUAUAUGAAUGUUAUCAAGAAUUUGUUGAUAUAUAUUUAGAAUCUGAUGGUGCAAAACGUCUUAUACUUGGUUUAGGUACAUUAUUUUGUACAAAUGCUGAUCUUGUUCUUAAUGUACAAACAACACCUGAUAAUAGUGCAAAACGUUUUUUUACUGCACUUGAAAAAUCAGCAUCACAAUUAAAUGCUGAUACACUUGAAUGUUUAGAACGAUGUCGUGCACUUAUUAAAAAUUUGUGA